AUGGCUGACGAGGGGGAGUGGCAGUUCGUUUCUCGGGGGGGCAGGGGUAAAGGUCAUGGGCCCCGGGCAAAUAGGAAUUGCAAUGCCACCCGUCUGGGGAGCUUCUUAGCUCCGGGUAGCCUGCAGGGUUGCUCUCUAGAGAACUCAAACCAGCGGUUCCCCUGUCCUUCCCCCAAAGACGCCGGGGAGGAAGCGGCAGUUGAGGCGGGUGUUGUGCGUGCCGUCCAGCGGCUUACGGAGGAACUGGGCGCUUCGGCCUUCUGGGAGGAGGUUCUCCACCAGCUGCAAGCAGCCCUCAGGGAGGAGUUGCGCUGUUUGCUCGCCUCUUCGUCUUCUUCAGCUCCAGAAUGCGAAAGCGGGAGCAGUAACACACCAGGGGUCCCUGGAAGCCCCGCCUCGUCGCUGGCUCUUGCCCCUCCUUACGUCUCCCCCAUGCCGGAGUCUCCCACCGCCGCUGCGUCUGCUGAUCUAGGAAGGCCUAGCCUCCCGAAUUCGCCGAAAGCCAAGGUAGCCUACAGCUUGGUUUGCUUGGGGCUGGGAAGCCCGACGGCCUGCAGCGACGUCUUGAGCUGCCAGUACCAGUUGGCUCUGGCGCUGCAGCUGCAGCGGCUGCUGCGCAUCCCGGCGGGCCGCGUGCGUGUUGCAGAUCCGGUAAUGAGCGAGACUGACAAGCGCGCUGUCGAGACACUUUUUCAACUAGAUGCGGGGCAGGCCGCAGCGCCGUCAAGGCGGCGGCAGUCUUACGCUGAAGAGGCUGAAAACGAGGACGAAGAGGAGACAGAGGCAGAUGGAGAGAUUGCCGUGUACCUCGCGCCGCACUGCGACGUAGAUUUGUAUGGCGAGAUCCUUGGGGCCGAGAUGCAGCUUCAUGGCUUUUGCACCCGCUGCUUCAGCUGCACUCAGUUUAGGGAUGUUGCAAGUGCCGAAGCCGAGGGCCCUACACGGGCAGCGGCACAGCGUGAGGCGACAGCGGCUUCUGCGAUGGAGGAGCAUGCGUUGGAGCCCACAGCAGAAGGAGCUUCAGCAGAGCAUGCAGCUGGGGAAGCUACUGGGGCAGAAAGGGGGCAUGGUGCAACGGCAGCAGGAGCAGUGGCAGCAUCUGCAACUGAGGGCAAGGACGGAUAUGCUUGUUGCAGCAGUCGCAGGGAGGCAUCCCGUUGGACAUGCCCUGACGUCUGCAGAAGGAAACGCGGCUUUGUGCUAAUUGGCAAUGCCCUGAGUUCGUAUGAAUUGAGGCGGCAUCUUUUUGGGGACCUGCGCUUUGUUUCUGCAGCUUGGAGGUUCCCGAGGAGGCACUGCGAUGCCUCUUCCACUCCAGGGUCCCUAGCAGAGGGAGGAGCGACAGAUACCGCAUUGGGCGCUGGCGUAGCUGACGGAGCGAGAGCUUCCGCUUCUGGCCAAGGGAGGCCCCCAAGAGGUGACCUGCGGGCAGCAGCGUCCAGGAGUGGUCGUCUGGAAGGCGCCGCACGAGACAUCCAGGUGACGCCGGCCCGUUGGGCCUUGGUGCUAUUUGAGUUGCUGCCAUACGUUUCGGAGCUGCCGCUGCAGUGCUCCUUUAGCCCACACCCCCGAGCCUUCAAUGACUUGGCCGUUUGCCGCUUUGAGACCCCCCGGACGGAAGAGCAGCGCAGGGCCUUCUGGAAGGCCGCCAUGCAGCAGUCACAGCAAGCCGCGGCAGCAGACGCACGACCCCAGAAAAGCCACCGUGGCAAGGCAAGGGGCGUAGACGGGAGGGAUGAUUUGCUGUUUCAGGGAAGGAGGCAAAGAGCCCUCGAUCUUCUGAGCCUUCGCCUUGUCAGUGACCACCAGGGUGUACAGAUGCUUCGAGCAUCUGAUCUUGAACUUGGUUAUAUGAGUGCCUGCAGAGGCAGGAGCAAAGGGCUGUCCCUUUGGCCUCCUGAUGCUCCUCAAGAUGACAACUUUGCGGGCAUCCUUGCGCCGCGCGGUCUGGAGGAACUCCCGAAUAUCGCGAAUCUCACGGGCAGCCUAGUAGGACAGGCACAACGUAAAGAGGUCAACAUGCAUGCUAUAAUGAGCACGCCUAUCGCAAUGGGAAGUACAAAGGGUUGUUGCCAGGCAAACGAAAUACAGCACGGCGGGCCGCAGUCAGCAAGCCUGCUUUCAUUGUUAGCUAAAUCCCAAAAGAUCCAGAGAGAAUGGUGGGACACAACGCAAAAACGCAAACAGACGGCAUUGCGUGGAUUUCCCCCAUCCCCAUGA